AUGACUGAUGCAUCCAGCCUUAUGAAGAGUCAAGAGCGCAAUUUGGAGAGCAAUACAGUGAUGUGGCUUGAUGCUAAUAUCGAUAGUACAGAAGAUAAUCGUCGAGCAAAAGCUCGAUUGCGUCAGACUAUCAACUAUUUAAGAACGUUUGAUGAUGCUGAUCAGUGUGUUGAAUGCAUAUCACUUGUUCGAACCGAAAACAUAUUUUUGAUCGUUUCUGGCUCACUGGGGCAAACGGUGGUUCCACUCAUUCACGAUACAAGACAUGUUCAAUCCAUUUACGUGUUUUGCUCAAAUAAAGAGUGGCACGAAAAAUGGGUCACAAAAUUUCGAAAAGUGCGUGGUGUGUACACAGACAUAAAACAUAUUUGCGAGGCUUUAGAAGAACAAGUUCACAUUUCCUCUAAUGAUAUGAGCGGACUCAUCAGCGUCCUAUCUUCAUCAAACAGUAACAAUGAGAAACAAGAGGCAUCGUUCAUGUAUUUUCAAUUGCUCAUUGAGAUUUUACUUGAGAUAGACAGUAGUGAUGAAAGUAAACAAGAACUUAUUGAGCAAUGUUCAAAACAAUAUGAAGAGAAUGAAAAGGAACUAGCUUAUAUUGAAGAGUUUCACAAAAAGUAUGAACCGAAUCGUGCCAUAUGGUGGUACACAAGAGAGUGCUUUUUGUAUCGAAUGCUAAAUAAAGCACUUCGUGUUCAAGACAUUGACAUUCUAUUUAAACUCCGAUUUUUCAUCAAGGAUCUUCACAAUCAACUUGAACAACUGCAUUUCAAGUCGCUCAAUGUCGCGAAAGAGUUAACUCUUUAUAGAGGACAAGGGAUGGUAGUGGAGGAGUUUGAAAAGCUAAAAGGGAACAUCGGUGGAUUCCUAUCAAUUAAUUAUUUUCUCUCCACAAGCCAAAGUAGAGAUGUUGCAGUAAGAUUUGCUCAAGCUUCGCGCAACCAAGAAGGGUUUGAAGCCAUUUUAUUCGAGAUCAGUAUUGAUAUAGAAAACUGUUCGAAGCCAUUCCACAAUAUUACAAAGUAUAGUGCACUGCCCAAAGAAAGCGAAGUUCUUUUCUCUCUCGGAACAGUAUUUCGAAUUCAAUCGAUUAGACGAUCCACCUCCACUGGUAUCUGGAAUGUGAAGCUCCUUCUGAAUGGGCAGGAAGACCAAGAUCUGAGGCACCUAACAGGACAAAUACGAAACGAAGUCCAGGAAAACUCCAAACUAAGCAGUCUAGGAAAUUUGUUGUGGAGAAUGGGAGAGUAUGAUAAAGCUGAACAUUAUUAUCUUAUGCUAAUCGACAAGACAUCAGGCGAAGAUCCAGACAUCGCUUCAUACUACAACAAUAUUGGACUGGUAUAUAAUGCUAUGGGUGAAUAUUCAAAGGCUUUGGAUUAUUAUGAAAAGACACUGGAACUGAAAUUGAAAACACUGGGCCCCAAUCACCCGUCUGUUGCUACGACAUAUAACAAUAUUGGAGGGGUUUAUAAUGCUAUGGGUGACUAUUCAAAGGCGUUGGAUUAUUAUGAAAAGACACUGGAACUGGACUUGAAAACACUGGGCCCCAAUCACCCGUCUGUUGCUACGACAUAUAACAAUAUUGGAGGGGUUUAUAAUGCUAUGGGUGACUAUUCAAAGGCGUUGGAUUAUUAUGAAAAGACACUGGAACUGAAAUUGAAAACACUGGGCCCCAAUCACCCGUCUGUUGCUACGACAUAUAACAAUAUUGGACUGGUUUAUAAUGCUAUGGGUGACUAUUCAAAGGCGUUGGAUUAUUAUGAAAAGACACUGGAACUGGAAUUGAAAACACUGGGCCCCAAUCACCCGUCUGUUGCUACGACAUAUAACAAUAUUGGAGGGGUUUAUAAUGCUAUGGGUGACUAUUCAAAGGCGUUGGAUUAUUAUGAAAAGACACUGGAACUGGACUUGAAAACACUGGGCCCCAAUCACCCGUCUGUUGCUACGACAUAUAACCACAUGGGAUUCCUUUAUAAAAAUCAAAAGCGCUAUAGAGAAGCGAAGAAGUACUUUGAAAUGUCUCUAGCAAUCAGAGAGAAAGCUUUACCCAGCACACAUCCGCAUGUCUUGAGCGGUCAACAGCAGUUAGCAGAAGUAACCUCAAUAUAUCAGAGUGUAUAA